CUAUAUGUUUUGUAGUGGUAAUCGUCCCAGCCUUGUACAACUUUUGACGUGUUUGCCAGUUUGUUGUGAAAAUGGCAGGCAAAAACACAAGUUCUGUGGAUACAAGAGGAGAAUUAGCAGAAUUAGUAAAACGAAAACAGGAGAUUGCUGAGACACUAGCUAACUUGGAAAGGCAAAUUUACGCUUUUGAGGGCAGCUACCUUGAGGACACCCAACUAUACGGAAACAUCAUCAGAGGAUGGGAUCGAUACAUAGCCAGCAACAAAAAUACCAACAGCAAAGCUGAUAAAAGGAAUAGAAAAUUUAAAGAAGCUGAGCGCCUGUUUUCCAAAUCAUCAAUUACCUCUAUGGCUGCUGUCAGUGGUCUUGUUGAUCAAUCACAAGAGAAAUCUGACCGCAACAGUGAAACUGAAUCACAUAAUGGAAACAGUGGAAGUGAAGAUAAUGGUCUUCUUCGAAAGGAUGCAGGCAAAAACACAACAUUAGGAUCUGCUCACACCAAUGGUAUAGGUAGAAGUUCAACUCCAGGUUUGAAUGGGUCGUCAUCAAUGCUUGACCGCCCUGUCUCACCUCUCAGCAAGGAUCUUAAAGGAGCUCGAUCAUCUGGAGUUAAAAAGAACGCAAACAAGAAAGCAAGAUAUAGAUAAGUGUCAUAAUAUUUUUCAUCUCUGUUAUGUUUGUGGACCAUGGUGGAAGACAUAGUCUUUUUCUACUAGAGCAUCUGCUAUUCGUGAAAUGCCUCUUUUAUUGCUUUAAUUAGUAGCAAUAAUGAGAAUUAUUCAAGAUCACAACAAAUUAUUUAGUAGGUGUACUGAAAAUGUAAAAGAUAAUAUUCUGAACUGCCAUUACGGUUUGUUCGUGGCAUUUUGAAUGAAUAUCAAGGUCAAGUUAUAAUUUUGAACAGUAAAAAAUUAUUUAUUCACAUACAAACAGGUACCAACUAGUAGGCAUUGAUUCAAUUUUCCUGUGAGUUCCCUUCCAAAUAUAUGUUUAAUCAAUUGCCCCUCAACUGCUUUAUGUGUGUUCUUUAAAUCUGUUUUCUUAUGGUAAGGUUGUGUCCAGUCUGAAAUGUUAAAAAUAACCUUAUGACCCCUUUAAAUGUUGUAAAUAUUUCAUAGCAUACUUCUUCUCUACUUACCAUGUAUUAUAUAAAUUCUUCUUCACUGUUUGUGGUACCUUUUUUUUUGUAGAGAACUCUGAUUCCAAUUCAGAAGCUGUUAAUUAAUUUUGAAAACAGUUUUCUUGUGUUUUUGCUCAGCUAUAUGUACUUUAAAAGGCAAAGAAUUUUUGUUUUUGUGUGUGUGUGUUUUUGUACAUUGUGUAUAUAGUUAUAUCAGUAAGUUUAUGUGUAGUCUUAUUUGUGACACGUGAAGCAGCAUUUGAACUUUCUUUACAUUUAUUAUGAAUUCAAGUACAAAACCUGUCAAGCUCUGAUUUUCUUGUCAUCAUUAUUAUGUACUCAUGUAAAAUUCUAAAUAAUAUUAAAAGAAAUAAUUGUA